AUGUCAGAAGAUUUGAUUAUAGAGCUUCAGUCUCGUAUGCUGGGCUUAAAACGAAUGGAAUUGGCCCGAUUUGGAGAAGAAAUGAAAUGGAUAAAGGUAGAAGAAAUCGGAGAAAAGGGUAGGUUGGAACUGAUUAAAAUUAUACGUACAGUAUUUGAAGAAGAAGUACUUAAGUGUAAUAGCGAGCAGCUUGACAGUCUAUUGGGAAAAAUACAAACUAUUUUAGACAGCAAAACAAUGAGUCAAAAUGAGGAAAGCCUGAAAGCAAAAGAAAAGAGUGAACAGGAACUGAAACAGCUCAAAACACAGUAUGAAAAGUUACUAGUAGAGCAGGAAAAACUCAAAGAUCAAAUAAAUACUGUCCAAACCCAAAAUGAAACAACUGAGGACAUAACUAUAACUGGUGAAUCAGUAACACAACAAGAUAAGCCACAAAGUGCAUUUAUUAACAUGAAAACAAGCAUGCUCCGUCGGGAAUUCAUGAUACAAGGACAAAUCGGAGAGCCAGGGCAUAAAGAUAAACUAGCAUAUCAGUCACUCAUUUCACAGAUUGAAAUUGGGUUGCAAAAGGGUUACACAGAAGAGGAAAUUACCCAUGCUGUGGUUAGAGCUGUUCAGGCUGGGUUACAACUACGAAGUUAUUUGGAGGGAAUAAAUGGGUUGACAUUACCACGAUUACGUAAAAUACUACGCUUUCAUUUCCAAGAGAAAAGUGCUACCGAGCUCUACCAGCUCUUGGCUAAUAUCAGUCAAGCCCCAAAAGAAAGUCCACAAGAAUUUUUAAUUCGUGCCCUGACGAUUCGGCAAAAAAUAGUGUUUGCAUCAAAAGAAUCGGAUACCAAGAUCAAAUAUGAUGAAGGGCUUGUCCAAGGCCUAUUCUUGCAUGCCCUAGAAACUGGCCUUGCCGAUGAAACCAUUCGGGAAAAAAUGAGGCCACUCCUUAAGUGGCUGAUGAAGAGCUAA